AUGGUAUACGGCAAGAAGAAGAAUCUGAAGGGCAAGAAACGGGUGUUCACGGCUCCUGAUAAAAUCGAUAAAGAUUUGGAUGAGAGCGAAAGUGGUAGCGAUACUGAGAAGAAGGAAAAGAAUAGUGACGAGUCCAGUUCGGAAGAGGAAAGCUCUGAUGAUGAGAUACCACAACGUUCUGUGACGUUAGCGGAU